GCCCCCUCCAUCCUCUGCCCCUCCUCCCUCUACCAGCGAUCACAACCACGAUCACUCUAAUUCUACCUUGGGCGAAACUCACUCCAAGCUCCGGUGUUAUUUCCCGCCACAAGUGACGCGCAUCCCAACCCAAAUUCGGAUCCGCGCCCAGAGCUCGAAACCCCAUCAGACGUCACACUGCCUUUAACCUCCCCGUGCGGUACAUAACCUUGUUGCAAGCUCGUCUCGCCCGUUGAGGCGCCCAUCGCGACAAGUCGAUUUUACUCUCCCCUGCUUAACUCUUCGCCCUGCAUCCCGGACAAUCGCGCCCUUUAGUGGCACAAACCCGAUUAGAUUCGAGUGUUGGGUAACAUUACCGAGGGCUUAUAUCUACACCCCCUUCCUCCAAGCCACUCCCCCCCUUUUCUCCCCACCUUUUCUCCCCACCUUUUCUCCACACCAUUAUCUCCCUCCCUCCUCUCCACACCAUUAUCUCCCUCCCUCCUCUUCACACCAUUAUCUCCCUCCCUCCUCUCCCCACCACCACCACUACACUCACAAUGGAUCUCCUCGACACUGCUUGGUGUCCUGUAUGCGAUCGCCAGAUCCCCCCAGAAAUCCUCACAGCUCCUCCCACCCCCGCUUCCCCUUCCGCAUCACCUCAAACGAAUCAGCCUAUCAAGACAAGAGGUGGAACAAUCAAGGCUGCUCCUGGAUCACGAAGGGGCCCCAUGGCACAUCUGCGCUCAAAGAGCGCGGCAGCCGUUCCCCAAGUACAGGCACAGCCUUCAACAUCCUCACCGCCAAAGAAAGAAGCUAAGCCGAGGACCUACAUAUCCCAAGCGCCCACACCGCUGUACUGUUCCCCCGAAUGCCAAUUACGCGACUCAAUGUCAUCCCUCUGUGUAUCCAUCCCAUCCUCCCCAACAGAGGCCAAGUAUGCCGCCUUUGGUCGCCCAGCACCCCCAAGCUCGCCGAUCAUGAUCUCUGGCAGCUCGAGCUCCUCAGACGCAGGUGGAAGCUACGGGUCACCGUUCUCCACCAACAGCGAGUACUUUGCAUACCUCGAGGGCAGACCGAGACGGCAAUCGCACGAUCAGCCAAACACUGGUUCAUCGGCUGAGUCACUCUCCUCCCUCAACCAGCCAACACGUCAUCUUCCUCCUACGCGUAACGCAGACUCUCGUUCGCGGAGACCAUCAUCAUCCUCCCUUGCCCCGCGGCCACUGCACAGCACAGGCUAUGCUCAUUCUCCGCCUACCGAGGGCAAGCAAUACACCCUCUCAUUUACUCGCGCUCCCGCAUCCACCGCAUCCCCCUCUUCCUCCCCGCCCGCAAUCAGCAUUAUGCCCGCUUACGCGUCCCGGCGCGAUCGGAGCGCAUCCCGCGCAAGCAGCAGUCUGAGGGAAGCCGCUGGCCUUGCUCUGCCCAUGUCACCGGCACCGAGCAUCCGCUCGAUGACGCGUUCAUCGAGCGAUAUGACAUCCACGCCGCGGCCGUUCUCCCCGAUCGAGAGUCGAUCGCGCCCCACAAGAAGAAAGGAUAUCAGCCCCGAUUCCGGUGUCAAGAUCCUUCCGUUGAAAGAGGAGGAAGAAAGCAAGUGGUGGUCCUGGAACGGGUACAACGUGCCUACGUACGAAGCGAUGCCUAGCCGGUCCACACCAGAUGGACAGAGGAAGCGGAUGUUCUAUUUCCAGCAGUGAGCUUCUGCUUGGAGCCAAGGGUGCAGCUGGCUGUAUCACCCUGGGGGUACGAUGACGAUACCCGCAACGCGCAUAUAUCUUUGUCUUUUUCUCAUUUCCGAGCGUAUUCCUUUGCACGAUUAUGCCCCGCCUCGCCCUCGGCGAUUUGCUUCAACGCUACGGCAUGGGCGCCUCAACGGCGCCCGCUCUUUUACCUGCUUUGUUUUCCCGCCAAACCAACAUGAUCUAUCAAUCACAUUCAACUACAUCGACCCAUGACAAGCAAAGAACCAAAAUCAACAGAGCAGUACAAUAGUGUCAAUAACAAAUAAUUGGCGUUUUCCCCUUUUUAGUAGGGCGGCGAGGCCUGUAGCGUUGUAGUGGAUUACACUGUAUGAUGUAUACUGGACUGCGGAAAUUGAUCAA